CACACAAUGCACUGCACGGCUGACAAGGGUUGUGUCUCCCUGGUUUUCACGAUUAAUUUCCAAUUCCGUAGAAACUUGUGAAGGGGCUGCAGCGGAGCCGAUCGCUUUCUCUCUGUAUGUAUGUGGAUCUAGUAAGAAUAAGAAAUCUUUGAGGGGAAUAUUCGGCAAAUGGUCCAACUAAUCCACAAACAUUGGAUUACACCACAGUGAAGGCUGCAUGAAGGAGCUGCCCAGCCCAACGGGGGCUUGGCCGACACCCUCGUUUAUGGAAAUCGACACCGAGGCUUUAAUAUUUAGGCCUUGAUUUUUUCCCGUUUAUGGUGAAGCUGGAACGACAGAAGCGUUGCGUGUAAAGAAACAUUUUUCAUGGGCGAUUGGUUGCCAAACAACCCCGUCCUGCUUCCUUUAACAAGUAUUGCUUGUGGCUAACAGCUGGAUCAGCUAACGCUAGAUAGCCCGAAUGCUAACGUUACGUCUUUCUUUUGAUGUGAAUUCAACCAUUACUAUCGGCCAUCAACAAAUUUCGGCAGAGGAAAUAUUUAUGCUCAUUUUUGCAGAUUACAAAUUAGCUUUACAGUAAACGGACCGACUUGUCAGUCUUUUCCAGACACGUUUUAAGAAUAUCGUUUUAUUCUUAGGUCACUGGCUAAAUAUAUUGUAAUGUAUUGCCGUGUAAAUGCUAACGAAAUGCUAAUUAGCUGGAGUCAACACUGACCUAACGCUAGCCCGCAUUACUUUGACUCAAACAGCAUUUUACUCCUUUUUAUGUUGGGAGUAAAUUGCAGGAGCUGUCAACAAUAACAUUUAACAUUUAACAUUAAUACAAAAUAAUGUCACGGCCACUGUUGUGUUAAUGUCGGAUAUCUGGGUUAUUGGCCUAGCUAACGCUAACUAACUAGCUAUCGUUUUUGCUAACAGGCAAAUAAAAUUGUCAGCAGAAAAUAAAUAAAUCGUAAACGCAAUACUUUUAUUGAGCAAUGUCAAGGUUUUCUUGAUUUCCAUUUCGAAAGUUAUCUAGAUACUAUUUGGCCUGCUUUGUCCGCAGCAUUAGUAACGUUGGUCUUUUUUUGUUUACAUGCGUAUAACUUAAAGUCGGUUGGAUUUCUUGCUAGUUAGCUAAUGUUAGCCUUCUAAUCAGCUAUGUCCUGACAUUUAAGUGUGUGUCUUGGAUAGUUUUAAAUCCUCAUGUUGGGCUAAGUUUGCGUUUAGACUAAUUGAAAUGACACUAAAAUUUCGCCGGAAGAAAGGCACUGAUGCCGAUAGACUGUUGUCAAAGGACGGUAAAUAAUAGCCACUGGUUCCAUUUACGCCAUUUUAACAGGGGCUCCCUGCGAGGGCCUGUCUGUGUGGUGGUGUUUUAUUAGCGGUUCGGUGCUUUAGACCGGACCGGGACUUGAUUAAAGUGCCUUUUGGCUUCUCACUGGAGUUACAAAAGGAGAUUUGCAACAUGGAGGGCCCGAGCCGAAGCACUGGAUUUAGGCAGAGCCGACGGUCCCGUUCACAGCGCGACAGGGAGCGGCGGAGGAGGAGAGUGAACCUGGCCGAGGAGCGGGCCACAUCCCUGUCCUCGGGCUCCGAUCGGGAGGCUUGUGGGACAAACAGUGUGCUGGGUCCCGGCGGGAGAGAAUGCCGACCUGGUUAUGGAAGACACAGGCCUCCACGCCGGAGGAAGAGAGAGUCAGUGUCCUGCGAGGAAGACAUCAUUGAUGGCUUCGCUAUCGCGAGCUUUGUCAGCUUGGAGGCACUGGAGAUGGACUGCUCUCUGAAGCCCAGUCAGCGCUCUGAUAUGCUGGUCAGGAGGAACAAGGGGAAGAGGCGGCCCGAGGAGAACGGUGGAGGGCCGCUGUCGGAGCCGGAAGAGGGAGCCCCGCACAGCUACUCCAGCAGCUGCUGGAACAAGAGUAAAAAUAAGAGGAGAAAGAUCGAGGGACACCCUCUGGAGACUGGCUACAUUUGCGACACUGAGAGUGAUACAGGAGAUAAGGCCUCCGACAACGACAUGGACCCAGUCUUCACAGUCAGUACGAGGAAAGUUGUGGAGCCUGCCCCCUCAAACAUGGCCACAUCCAUGGGCAAAAUCUGCCCGCCCCUCCCGGCCCGUAUAGGUGGCAUCUCACGGUUGAUGGUGACCCCGAGAGUAUCUGGCCUGGAGCGAAGUCAGGAGAAAAACCUGGAGCAACACUUCCUAGAGCCUGCUUCUUCUACCUCUUCUGCCCUCUUCUCUCGCCUGCCUUCCCCCAUCACAGCCCCUGGCACGGUCCCCCGCUCCAGCCCGUUCAACGGGAACGGCAGCCGGCACAACGGCAGCCCGCCCCUCUCCAAACCCAAACCCUUCCUCACUUUGUCUGGACGAUCUCACUCCAUAUGGAACAUCAACAGGGGCAACAGCACAGUCAAACCUCCCUCAUCUGCAUCUGUUGCGUCUUCCUCAUCUUCCAUGCGCCCUCCGACACCCUCCACCAGUGUGUCGCUACCCUACAUCAGGGGCUCGGGACCCCCAGGACCCCUCAGACCCCCAUCCCGAGCCGGCUCUGGGGCCUUGUUCACGGCUUCACCUGGUCUUCCUCCCCCUCCACCUCUGCUACAAGGUUCUGGCCACUCAUCAGCAGCAGACCAAGAAUUACUGCGUCAAAACCUAAACUCCCACUUCUUGAAUUCACAAGAGCGCGAGGGCAGACGCAGUGUCCCGGGGGCUGAAAGCAACGGAGCAGCUGCGGGCCGCUCCACUCCUGGUGGUCCGUCGGCAUCCAACUCCGGCCCAGGUUCAUCCGGUCGGUCGUCUCAGAACCAGCCGAGCAUCCCGCAUCUGGCCUUCCAGUUCCAUCAUCACAACCACCAGCACCAACACACGCACACGCACCAACACUUCACGCCCUUCCUGCAGCCCACAGCCACCGCACCGCCUCUGUUCGAUAAGUAUGCAGGCAAAAUAGACGGGCUGUACCGACACCCGUUCUUCCCACAAUACCCACCGCCCUCAGUGCCCAGUAUCCAGCCUGUGAUUCCUCCCACUGGGCCUUUCAGCUCCCUGCAAGGAGCAUUUCAGCCAAAGCCUCUUGUUCCUCAGGGAGCGGGUCCAGAUUUAUCUGCACGACUCGGGGUUGUGCCUCACCACCUGCAGCCCAAAGACCCCAGGCUAACUGAUCCAUUUGGGACAGCGUUGAAAAUCAGUAAUAAUAAGCCAGGAAAGUGGUGUGCUAUGCAUGUAUACGUGGCCUGGAUGAUUCUAAGCCAUCAGAAAAAAGUGAAGCUCAUGCACGUUGAACCUCACAAGUUGGACUUCCGUAGUGACCUGCUGGCCCGUCUUCCUGGAGCAGGGGGAAUGGGACCCCUAGGGCCAAUGGGAGGAGCCAUGCCUCCCACUCAUGAUCUGACCAGACCUCCCAGUCUGUUCUCAGCUGCAGGGGCAGUCAAUACGUCCUCCUCUCCCUUCAUCUCUCCAUCAACUUCCCACUCCUCUUUCCUCCCCCCAACUGCACACUUGGAUCCGUAUGGCCGAUCCCCACCCUUCACCCCACUUGGGGCCCUUGGUACUAGUGCCUUUGGAGGACUUGGCAGUCCAACACUGGCAGGAUCUGUGUUCGGCCCUAAAGAUUCACCAGCUAACGUGGUUGGAGGUUUGCCCAACCCCAACCAUCACGACUCAUGGAACCGUCUGCACGGGGGCCCGUCUGGGUUCGCACCCGGCCCCAGCUGGGCUAAAGGGCCAGACAAGCGGGAUGAGAGGGAUCGAGCGAAGGACGUGGAGAGGAGAGACAUCCCACACAUCAAGGACGAAAAGGACAGAGACAACAUGCUGUAUGGCCGACAACCUGUGAGAAUGUCUCCAGUUGGCCCUCCCUUCAAGCCCCGCAGUAGCACCCCCGUCUCCCAAAUUAACGGCCACAGCAGUGCCCCGGGGGGCAGCACAGGGCCCAUCGAGGACCUUACCCGCAGCUUAAGCAGAGACAGAGACCGGGAGCGAGACAGAGACGGGGACAAGAGGCCGCAGCCGACAGUGUCUUCACGGGGCCCUCCUUCAUCUUUAGUAGCAGACAGGGACAGACCACGCUCUUCCUCAUCUUCUGUUCUCACCACUCCCCCGCCCUCCAACCGCUCAGCCCCAUCUCCUCUGGACCUUUACCCCCGUCCGAUUGCCCCGACAGGACACGGGCUCCACAACGACCCCUCGCAUUCGCAAAGAGACGGUAACCUCCCUCCUUCCUCUGCAGCUUCCGCCUCUGUCACUUCUUUGUCUCAGGCCAAGAAGUCUGACCGGACCACGACCCCCGUCUCUAAACCUCCACUGCUUCUCCCGCCUGUUAAAGUCAAAGAGGAGCGGAAAGAGGAGCCAGAGCAUAUUCCCAUCACACUGCCUCCCCCAGCACCCAACCACAGCUUCGAGCGCCCCAACAGCCAUCCACACCACCACCACCGCUCUGGUACUCCUUCCUCUUCCUCUCUGUCACUGACUCCCACUCCCGGUGUUCCUCUCAUGUCGCAUGCUCAAAACGUUGCUGCACACCAACACCAUCAGCACCAUCAGCACCAACAGCACCAACAGCACCAACAGCAACAGCACCAACAGCACCAACAGCACCAACACCAACAGCACCAACAGCACCAGCACCACCUCUCCCUGCUGGACCGCUCCAGGGCCAUCGAGGCGUACUUGGGGAGCACAGGGGCGGCAGGUUUGGUGAUGGGUCCAGGAGGAGAGCGUUUCCACCACGGUCCCGGACAAGGGCCGUCACAGGGGCCCCACAGCUUCACCUGGGAUCCCUGGAGGGAGCUGGCUGCUCAGCAGCAGCAUCAGCAACGCAGGGAGGCUAUGGCGCUCCGAGCAGAUCCUCACCUCGCCCUGCGAAACGAUCCGCACCUGGCCCGGCUGCUCCAGCAUCAGCGCCUUAUGGAAGCUGCUGCGGCCAACCCUCACCACCCUCCGACUACCUCUGCUGCCCCCAACUCUGCUGUCCGCCAGGAGUUCGGUCUCAUGGCGCAUCACUUUGAGCGCCCUCAUCACCUCGGACACCCAGGAGGAGGGCUGAUCGACGAGGAGCAGCGUGCCCAGAUCCUGAGAGAAGACUUUGAGAGGGCCCGCUACUUUGGGAUGCACCCGCACAUCCCCCCCGGCGCUCACCUCUCAGGCCCCUCUCACGCUGCCGCUGCUGCUCACCUGGAGCAGCUCCACUCCGGCCUUCUCUCCCACUCGCUCCCCCACGGAGCCUCUCCCGCUUCCCAGCACCAUGCCGGCCUCUUCGCCCGUCUUGGCCAGCUGAACCAGCUGAACCAGCACCACGUGCCCAACGGCAUCCUGACAAAGACCCCUGCGGGCUUGGUUGGAGCUCUGGCGGUGGGGGCACCGCCUCCGCUUAUUCCGUCCAUCACCAGCCGCUCGUCCACACCUCCCCGGAGACUCGGAGGGCCGGGGGAGCUGGCUCUGUACAGCAUCCACAAAGACGGAGAGUCCAGAUAGUACAGGGACAACACUGGAGGAGAUUAAGGGAAAUGUCAGGAUCACUGUGCUGCUCGCUACCUGCCCCCUUUACCUCUUGCAGACUACUAACCCUCGCUGUUACACAACCAAACCAGCUCCAGUCUGCCCAAAAAAAGGGUAACCACGGGUGCUUUUCAUUAUGCUAAUAUGUUUCCUUGCUUCCCUCAUGCGUCGUAGCUCCUCUCAGCUUGUAUCGAAGAGAGAGAGCAGCCAGGAGCCAAAGCUUACAAAUGAGAAAUUGUUGUCAGUUACUGGAGGUGUGGGAUUUAGAAAAUACCCCACUUGAUAAAAGACUUCUGCGUAGGAUACACCUGUGUUCCCUUGCAUCCAAAGCCUCCUAGCUUCUCGUCUCUUCGAGGUACAUUUGAAGAAGAUCUUCCAUGAUGGCGGGGGGGGGGGGCUGACAGUUUCCAGGUCAUGGCAGGAUAGAGGAGGCGAGGAAGCAUAUGUUGGCGUAAUGAAAGCAACCCCAUGGCUGACUGGAGGUGAUGAAAAGGAGGGAAAUGCAAGGCUUUUAAGACAUUUUUGGAAAUAUGCGCAAUGGUUCUAUCAGUGCAAUUAAAAGGUACAUGGUUUCUGUGCAUCCUUGGUGUAUUUUUAUUUUAUACUGCCUGUUGGUUAUUACAGUACUCAAUUUAAUAAACUGUAGGAAGAGGCAGAAGACAACUAUUUCUUUCAUUUGUCAGGUGAUCCAUGCUUUUUCAGCAAGCCUUUUUCCAGGUUGGAUUGGAAAUGACUUCCAGAGGGAUGCACACUGUGAAAUCAUGCAAAGGUUCAUCCUCAGCUUCUCAUGGGAUAUUGUUGUUAUUAUUAUACAGCCUUCCUCUUCAUAAUUCAACCCUGGUUAUGUAUUGCAGAUGAUUUGGAAAUCAUGGCAAAAGGGGUCCUUUCUGUACUCGAGACCAUUUCAAUGAAGAUUCGUAAAAAUUGCACCUCCUGCUUUACCCAAAAAUCUAACCCCUCAUCUUCAUUGAUGAGAUUCAACCUAUUUUUUGCUUUUUUUUGUUUUUUGUUUUGUUAUCAAAGGUUGAAUGGCGAAAUGAACUGUGCUACACUGUGUGAGUGAACACAGUGUUCUAGAGCUUCCUGUAACUGUUUCCCACUCUCCUCUUGACUAUAUGAGCAGGACCAGAAUAUAGUAGUCUAGAGAAAUUGCCUUUGUAAUUAUUAUUCUUAACAUUAAUUAUCUUCUAUAAUAAUAAAUAUAUUCACUGUUAUGUUAUUUGUCUUUGUUUCGGGUAUCAACCAGUACUCUCUCCCCCCAGGUAGUUUCAAAUCAUGCAGAAGACAAAAAAGGCUUGCGUCACAGAAAACUGUUAAACGCUUGUGAACAUUAAGCCGUCUCCAUUCGCAGCCUCUGGCCUCUUCAAGGAUCUCCUUGGCGACUUUAAUACACUGAGGGAGGUUUGCCUGUAUGUCAUUGGUUGUGUGUUAUCCAUUUUGGGACUAUGGGAGCCUUGUACAUUGAACUGUCGGCUUGUUUCACCAAUAAAAAUAAGUUAUAUACAUGGAUACUUGGGACAUCUGCUGAAGAACGGAAAAAAACUAUAAGGACUUGUGUCAAACGACAACUAGACAGUGGGUAUCCUGAGAGGGAAAAGACUGGGUCGAUUAUUUUAAUAUGACCAUUUUAUACCUUUCAAACCCCUCCCCUAGAGACCACAAAGAUUAAUUAUUAAAUGAAUUGUUGUUUA